GACUCCAACGAGUUCGACCAGGAUGAGGAUGAGGGCGGCGAGGAGGAAGAGGAGUUCGAGGAGGACCCCGAGGAAGCCGACGAGGCCGAGGUCGAGGAUCACGGAGCUGGCCCUGGCGACUUCGACCCGGGCGCCGUCAGGGGGGACUGGCCAGCGGCCUACCCGUUCACGAAGAACGGCACCGACUUCAAACUCAGGCUGAGGCGCAGGGAGUCCGAGAAGAUCACGGUGGUCGACCUCAAGCAGGGCCAGGGCGCCUUCGCGCAGCUCGUGCAGCUGCCCGACAACUUCACGAAGGACAAGUACAACCUCUACGGGUGCGAGAACCCGAAGGCAGCAUCCACGGAGGUCGCCGAGAAGAUCGCGGCGACGAAGAUCAAGAACGACCGGCUGGUCCUGCUGGCGGGCGCCGACUCGCAGCUGCCGAGGUGA